GGUCGUUGUCCGGGUCCCAAAAGAUAAUUGCGUCCUGUGGAUUUGUGAUCAGUUUUGCUAGCCCAAAGCAUAGCCUGCGAGCAGCUCUAUAAAAAGUCUCAGUUAAAAAGCGUUCAAGAAAAAGGCUCAUAGAACCCUUCUUUCAACUCUGCAAAGAUGGGCAAGGAGAAGAUCCAUAUCAACAUUGUGGUGAUUGGCCAUGUGGACUCUGGCAAGUCGACGACCACCGGCCACCUGAUCUACAAAUGCGGAGGCAUCGACAAGCGUACGAUCGAGAAGUUCGAGAAGGAGGCCCAGGAGAUGGGCAAGGGAUCGUUCAAGUACGCCUGGGUCCUGGACAAGCUGAAGGCGGAGCGCGAGCGCGGCAUCACCAUCGACAUUGCCUUGUGGAAGUUCGAAACGGCCAAGUACUAUGUGACCAUUAUCGAUGCCCCCGGGCAUAGGGACUUUAUCAAGAACAUGAUCACCGGCACCUCCCAGGCCGACUGUGCGGUCCUGAUUGUGGCCGCUGGCACUGGUGAGUUCGAGGCUGGCAUCUCCAAGAAUGGCCAGACCCGUGAGCACGCCCUGCUGGCCUUCACGCUGGGCGUGAAGCAGCUCAUUGUGGGCGUUAACAAGAUGGACUCCACGGAGCCGCCGUAUAGCGAGAACCGCUACGAGGAGAUCAAGAAGGAGGUGUCGUCGUACAUCAAGAAGAUUGGCUAUAAUCCGGCCUCGGUGGCCUUUGUCCCCAUCUCGGGCUGGCACGGCGACAACAUGCUGGAGGCUUCGGACAAGAUGGGCUGGUUCAAGGGCUGGACCGUGGAGCGCAAGGAGGGCAAAGCGGAGGGCAAGUGCCUGAUUGACGCGCUGGACGCGAUCCUGCCGCCGCAGCGUCCCACGGACAAGCCGCUGCGCUUGCCGCUCCAGGAUGUCUACAAGAUUGGUGGCAUCGGAACCGUACCCGUUGGCCGCGUGGAGACUGGCAUCCUCAAGCCAGGCAUGGUCGUCAACUUUGCUCCGGUCAAUCUGGUCACCGAGGUGAAGUCCGUGGAGAUGCACCACGAGGCUCUCACCGAGGCCAUGCCCGGCGACAAUGUCGGCUUCAACGUGAAGAACGUGUCGGUAAAGGAGCUGCGUCGCGGUUAUGUUGCCGGCGAUUCAAAGAACAAUCCUCCUAGGGGAGCUGCCGAUUUUACCGCUCAGGUGAUUGUGCUUAACCAUCCUGGCCAAAUUGCCAACGGGUAUACUCCGGUUUUGGAUUGCCACACGGCCCACAUAGCCUGCAAGUUUGCCGAGAUCAAGGAGAAAUGCGAUCGCCGUACCGGCAAGACCACCGAGACUGAGCCGAAGGCCAUCAAGUCCGGUGAUGCGGCCAUUAUAGUGCUGGUCCCCAGCAAGCCGCUCUGCGUCGAGAGCUUCCAGGAGUUCCCACCGCUGGGUAGGUUCGCUGUGCGCGAUAUGCGUCAGACCGUGGCCGUGGGUGUUAUCAAGUCGGUCAACUUUAAAGAGACGACCUCGGGCAAGGUAACAAAAGCCGCUGAGAAGGCACAGAAGAAGAAAUAACUAGGGUGCCAGCAGAACUACGACAACAUCAUCACUCGAAUCCAACAGCAGACGGCUAGAGCAACAACACCAGCAACCAAAACAGCAGCAAGAACACCAGAAGCAACAUGCACACAUCUAAACUUUAUAAUAUCCAAUCGACGAUCAAAAGCAAACAAGAACUACCUUAGCUCCAAGAAGACGACACCAAUCAACAGGCAUAUAUUAUAUGAUAUCGAGGAGAUGCCACAGAUACUACGAUAUAUAAUAAUCCCACAAACAAAUAUUAGCCAGGAGGACAGGAGCUGCAGCACAUUGGCCGCCUUUGCGGUGCUCGUAGUGGUUCACUGCCUCAUCUAUCUAACUUUGUAUCGCCAUCGCAAGUCGUUCCGCAGGAAACCCACUGGGGCAUUGAAGCUGUAGCUCCUUCAGUAUAUACUCAUCUACAAAACUAAGCUUAAAUUUGAUUAGCAGCCACAGCCACACACACAUCCUGUCGUGCAUCAUCCACCCGAGUCUCGAAUAUGGAUUUUAAACACUUUUUAUACUUUUGAUAAGUCAAGUCGGAGGCAUUCGAUUUAAAAUCUAUUAUACGAUGUAAUUUCCGAAUUUAGUUUUAAACCACCCUACACCCAAACCUAAAAAAACCAACAAAGACUACAUUCGUAAUGAAUUCAAAAUUUUCUCUUGAAACCAAAAGACAAAUGCUUAAAAAGUAUUAAAAAAAGAAUGAAGGAAAAUCAUCACAACACUCACACACAACAUAAUCAUGCGGUUUUUGAAAACAUUUUAAAUGUUAGAUCGAGCCUCAUUUAGCAUUUGCGUACUUAAAUUACAUAAUAUACGUUAACCAUUUCAUCGUUCAUCAUCUCCCAUAUAUAAUUCACGUUACUCUCUCACAACUCGGAAUUUAUAAACAAAACGUAAUACCAGAACAACCAUUCAUAUAUGGAUACAGAACAUGUUGCUUGAUACAAGAUCUUUUAAAUGAUGAGAAAAAUAAAGGAAGCUUAACCGUAAACUACCAAAAUA